AUGCCAAACGACUUCAGCGUCAUAAUCGUUGGGGGGUCUGUGGCCGGGUUGGCGCUCGCCCACUGCCUCCAACGCCUUGGUGUCUCGUUUACCAUUCUUGAGCAGGGUGAAAUCGCGCCCCAACUAGGAGCCUCGAUUGGCAUUCUGCCCAACGGGGGUCGCAUUCUCGACCAGCUUGGUAUUUUUGACAAUAUUGAGAAGGAAAUCGAGCCCCUGGAGCUUGCUAGGAUUCGCUACCCGGAUGAUUUCUGGUUUGAAAGCCGAUAUCCCAAGGCAUUGCACUCCAAUUACCAUUAUCCUGUGUCUUUCUUGGAGAGGCAAAGGUUUCUCCAAAUAUUAUACGAUACGCUCGAAGCAAAGAAUCACAUUUACACAGGGAAAAAGGUCCUCGCUGUGGAAAGCGGCAUAGACUGCGCCGUAGUCAAGACUUCCGACGGCAGCAUCAAAUACGAGUAUUCCUGCAUCUACGGACUUUCCCGCGACGUGCCUCACAUGAAACUCGGAGAGCAGCUCAGCCGUUUGGAUGACGGCGUUUCCAUCCACGUCUUUACCGGCAAGCAAUCUAAGUUCUUCUGGUUUGCCAUGGUCAAGACACCGCAAGCCGGGUACGCCGGAAAGGGCGCCUGUUCAGACCAAGCAGCAAGACAAAUCUGCGACGGCAUGCGCUCCAAGAAAUUAUCCGAUGUCCUCACCUUCGGCGACGUAUGGUCCCGAUGCACAAUAUACAAGAUGACCCCGUUGGAGGAAGGGGUUUUCAAGCAGUGGAAUCACGGCCGCAUGUUGUGUAUUGGCGACGCUGUCCGCAAGAUGUGCCCCAAUAUAGGGCAGGGUGCCAACAUGGCCAUAGAAGAUGCCGCCAGGCUCGCGAAUCUCAUUCACAAACGCCUGCCGUUGGGCAAACUCUCAGCCAGCGACGUCGACUCGAUGCUUCGCGAAUUCACGGCGGCCCAGAAGCCUCGUACGAAUAGCAUUUGUGCGCAAUCCGAGUUUCUGGUGCGCAUGCACGCGAAUCAGGGCAUGGGGAGAAGGCUUCUCGGCCGAUACGUCAUUCCAUUUUUGAAUGACGCGCCGGCUGGUCUGUCUGGGCUUUCUAUAAAUAACGCAGUGAAGCUGGAGUUUAUCGAUGCGCCCACCAGGUCGCUUGGGGGCGCGUGGGAAGCGUCCUGGGAGUCUGUUUUGCGGAUUCUGACGGGCUUGCGGCCCAAGAUGGGGAUACAUUAUUCCGUAUAUGUGCUUGCACUUUCGCUUGCAACAUAUCUUCUCCUGUAG